AUGACCGUAGAUGAAGAUAUUAUUGGACACACUGAUAUCCUGUCGUCACCCUCGAAGAAAGGCAGAAGUCAAGCUAACGUGCAUUAUGGGAGGACACCAGUCACAAUAAAUGUCGUAUCGAGAAAAAGAAGGCAAUCCCCACGUAAGAAUAUCAUUGAGAAAGUUAUAGUGCCUGAAUCUAUCUCAGAGGACUCCACAAGGGCAUACAAAGGUAAAAAACGAGGUAGGAAACCUAAGUCCUAUUAUGACGAUUCUUCAGAAGAACAAAAUCAAGAAGUAGACAAAAGUACACCAAUUAAAAAUAUUAAAUUAGAGGUUAAUUUAAAGAUAAGUGCGGAUAACAUACUCCCUACAAGAUCUAGGAGAUCAAAGAGAGCACCACCUAAAGAACUCUCUGAAGAAGAAGAAGAAGAAGAUGUCAAACCUAUAAAGAAGAAAAGAGGAAGACCAAAAAAAAUUAUCACAACUGUAAAGGAAGAAGAACGUUCGAGAUUGGAAAUAAGUCCUGUUCCAAAAAGGAGAAGAAAUAAUAAUAGAAGAAGUGUUAGUCCUGAUAGUGGAAGAUUAUCAACUGAGACUGAUCUUACGAUACCCGAUACACCUACCAAAGAACCGACAUCUAUAUUAGCUGAACAAGCGUUUACAUCUCCAUUGAAAAAAGUUAUAUUAUCCAAUUUAAAAGAUUAUAAGCAAAAUGUUUCCUUUAAGAAUUUGAAAUUGAACAAGAACUUUGAACCGACACGUCUCCCAAAAACCUAUACUCCACAACAUGUAAAACAAUUACAAAAUGAAAAAGUGGUAAGUAACUUUUUAGAUACGUUCGAAGGUUACUUUGAUCAAAGAAAGACAUUGAAAAGAUCCAAGAAUACCAUGGCAAUGGCUCCAUCAAUUGUUAGAGAAGAAUUUGCCACGAUUACCAAUCUAUUUAAUAAGAAAUUCCAGCGGUCUUCAAAGGAUAAAUUGGAGGCUUUACAAAAACAACUCUAUCCACAAUAUUGGUUUGAAUUAUCUCGUGGGUUUACUUUGUUGUUCUAUGGGAUUGGAUCAAAACGUUCGUUUAUGGAGGAUUUAGCCAUUAAUUAUGUCUCUGUUAGAUGUAGGCAAUCGGAAAUAUAUGAUAAUAAACAACUAGAUAAAAAUUACAAAAAAUAUUACGAUAAGGGUGUUCCUUGCGUUAUUGUUAAUGGUUAUAACCCAACUUGUAACUAUAGGGAUGUCCUUAAGGAUAUCACUGAUAUAAUUUUCCCAGAAGAAAUGUUAAAAGUGGAUUCAAAAUAUUGGGGGAACCAUAGCAUGUUACACAUCCAAAAGAUGGCAGAAUACUAUAGAACGCAGCCAGAUCACGUCAAGAUCAUAUUGGUUAUCCACAACAUCGAUGGCCCUAGUAUAAAGAAAAGUAUUUUCCAACAAAUUUUGAGUCAACUGGCUACUAUUAAACAAAUUGCAAUCAUUGCAUCUGCAGACCAUAUAUACGCGCCAUUGUUAUGGGAUGCCACGAAAUCUCAAAAUUAUAACUUCAUAUUCCACAAUGUGACAAAUUAUGAAGCUGCUGAUGUUGAAUCAUCGUUCCAAGAUGUCAUGAAACUUGGUAAAGAGGAAUCUAGUACGGGUGCUGAAGGUGCCAAGUUUGUUUUAGACUCUUUGACGGUCAAUGCCAAAAAACUUUACAAAUUAUUAUUAGAGACACAAAUGGCAAAUAUGGAAGUAGAAAUGAAUGGCAAAGUACCACCUGUAAGACGUGGUACCAUUACUGUUGGUAUAGAUUUUAAAAAAUUCCAUGAUAUGUGUGCAUCGGAGUUUAUCGUCUCUAAUGAGGUAUCUUUGAGAACCAUCCUAAAAGAAUUCAUCGACCAUAAGAUGGCAUUUAUAAAGAAGAGAAGUAACAAAGGUUUCGAAAUUAUAUGGAUUGCAUACAGUUAUGGUGAAAUGAAGAAAUUACUGAAUACAACUCUAGCCAAACUAAGUUAA